AUGAUCAUUCACCACAACGUGAAGAGAACAAAAAUUUUUCUGGAUGAGAAAUGGGUAGCCAAGGUCUCCGAUUUCAGGCUUUCAAAAAUGGGCCCCACUACCAUGUUUAUAGCCCAUGUCAGCACAGUCGUCAAGGGCAGUAUCGGGUAUUUUGACCCGGAGUAUUACAGACGUCAACAACUGUCAAAAAAAUCGGACGCGUACUCAUUCGGAGUGGUUUUGUGCGAGGUUCUUUGCGGCAGGCCAACGAUAAUGCGCAACGCCGAGAAGGGACAAUGGGCCCAACAUUGUUACCGCAACGGGACGCUUCAUCAGAUCAUAGAUCGUAAUCUGACGAGCAAGAUUGCGCCAGAGUGCUUGAAGAAAUAUAGUGAGAUUGCUGUGACCAGUAUGCAUGAUAAUGGGACAGAGAAACCGUCGAUGAACGACGUCGUGUGGGGCCUGGAAUUUGCAAUGCAAUUACAGCAAAACGCGACGUGA